AUGAACAGCGUCAACCAGCAAAAAGUCACAGAAAGCCCUCCAGUGAUGUCUGUAAUCGAACAAACUACAGCAGAAGGAGUAGUCGAACCUCCUCCCGAGGGUGGAUGUUUGGCUUGGACUCAGGUAGCUAUGGGACAUUUGGUGAUAUUCAACUCUAUGGGUUAUGUAUCCUCCUUCGGACUAUUCCAACAAUACUAUGCCCUUACUCUCAAUCGACCCGUAUCAGAUAUUUCUUGGAUAGGGUCCCUACAACUGUGUCUGUUACUCUUCAUUGGCGCGUUUUCUGGCCGAGCGCUGGAUAGAGGUUACUUCAAGACCUUGAUCUCCAUUGGGUGUGGCCUACAAGUGAUUGGUACCUUUUCAACCUCAUUCGCGACCAAAUACUGGCAACUUCUGCUUGCGCAGGGUAUAUGCACAGGAUUUGGACAUGGACUUUUGUUCUGUCCAAUGAUCUCGCUCAUAUCCACCUAUUUUUCUAAGCGCAGGUCAAUUGCCAUUGGCAUUGCCGCAUGCGGAAGUGCCACGGGAGGACUGGUUUUCCCCGCCAUAGCUUAUUCUUGCUUAGAACACAUAGGAUUUCCAUGGACAGUACGGAUCAUGGGAUUCGUCAUGUUGGCAAACAAUUGCUUCGUUAUUCUGUUGACAAAAACUAGAAUUGCCCCAAAGGCUUCUGGACCUUGGGUAGACUUGAGCGCGUUCAGAGAACUUCCGUAUACUCUGUACUCCAUUGGUCUCUUUCUUACUCUUUGGGGUGUAUAUUUUGCAUAUUACUAUGUCAGCAUUUUCAGUCGCGAUAUCUUACUUGUAUCUACUCGGCAAUCUACGACUGUUCUUCUUGUCAUAAAUGGAGUAGGUGUUUUUGGCCGUAUCAUUCCCGGUUUGGUCGCGGAUCGAUGGUUUGGGUCACUAUAUUGCUUGGUUAUUGCCUCUUUCAUCUCUGGCUUACUUCUCUUCUGUUGGAUUGCUAUUCAUGGUUUUCCUGGACUGAUGACUUGGGUUGUGUUUUACGGCCUUUUUGCGAAUGCUGUACAGGCCCUCUUUCCGGCUGCUUCUAGCACUCUUACAACAAAAUUGGAGAUGAUGGGUACACGACUCGGAAUGGUGUUUGCAGUUAUCAGCAUUGCGUGCUUGACGGGCCCCCCUAUUGCCGGUGCCUUGAUUUCGGCAAACAAUGGCAGUUUUCUGUAUGCUCAGAUUUUUGGGGGAUGUUCAAUGUUAAUUGGAAGCAUGGUAAUGAUUGGCUCAAUUGCUGCGAAAAGGGUAUCAGAGAGAAAGUGA